CGAAGGAUACAGCAUAUGGGACUUAUGGGUUAUCACAUGACAGUGGUGGAGCAUUACUCCCAGUAUAUCAACAACCUCUGCAACCGACUCAGUCUCAAAGUGGCCGACGGCUAUGCUUUGCCAACUAAAACCACAGAGGUCAUGCUAAUGCGAGAGCAAGGAACCAAGAUGUACGUUGACGCCGUCCUAAAGACUCAUAAACGUGUUGUUCAGGUGAGCAGUCUGAACGCUGCAUUGUGUCCCGUCUUCAUGGAAGUUCUUUUAAAGCAUCAACCUGAGGGAGUUCAAUUUUCUGUGAAGGAGCACACCGAGGCUGAUUUCCAAGCACGUUUCAAGGCACGUCCAGAGCUGGAGGGGCUUAUGGCUCAGAUAAGCCAGUAGGACCUGUGACAUUCUGACAUUACUGAUAUUCAAAACUGUAUGUGACACGGAUUUUACACCUUGUUAGCAAGGAAUACCUAUUUUUCUUGUCAUCUAUUAUUUAUUUUCUGGCAUUCCUGUGCUUCAAGUGAUGGAUCAUUUGCAUUGAAGUAACUGUAUACAUUCAUACAUUCUUUUGUGACCUCUGCAAAAAUAAAACCCAGUAGUUUUUUCCAAACUAAGAAA